AAUGGCUCAUGAAUAUAUGUGGUCAAAUGGAUGACCGCCCGAAGCAAAAUCGAUCAGUUUAGCGGUCUAAUUUCUGAAAGAAAGUCACAUCAGCACCGCGUGUAUCGUGGUCCGAAGUUCGGCGGCGUUAAUGGUUGCAAAAUUUCACCAAGAACCGUCGAAACUUUCGGUUGCAGUUUUUCCACCAUUCAAGCAACACGUGUGAACAACAAAUUGAUCUCGAGUGAAAGUGAGUCCGUCGUUACAACUUUCAAGAUUACAGAAACAGCGAGAGUAUCAACUCUCUCAAUUUACAUCCUGCCUGGUAGUCGGCAAUUUUGUCCAGUAUCGCCAUGGCGUUUCGCAUCGAAUGACCAGACUGUGUGCCAAAAGCUAACAUCGAAAGACCAAGAUGUCGGCCGGCUUGGCAGCACUUGCUGGAUCCUCUUCUCUGUUGGGGCUAACCGCCGUUCCACUGAUUGCCAUCGGCCUCAGCGUCCUUCGCUACAACAGUGUCGACCCAGAGGGUCAUCCCACCGAUGCAAGACAGCUUCUGCCGACGUACGAUUUCAUUGUAAUUGGUGGAGGAAGCGCUGGAGCCGUAGUGGCUUCAAGGUUAUCGGAGGUUGCAAACUGGACGGUGUUGCUCCUCGAGGCAGGUGGCGAUGAGAAUGAGAUUUCCGACGUCCCAGCGUUGGCGGGAUACACGCAGCUUUCAGAAUUCGACUGGAAGUACCAGACUUCACCUCCAGGUGCCUCGGCCUAUUGCCUUGCGAUGGUAGGAGAUCGAUGCAACUGGCCUCGAGGCAAAGUUCUGGGGGGUAGCAGCGUCUUGAACUCGAUGAUUUACGUGCGCGGCAACAGACUGGAUUACGACGGCUGGGCGGAACUGGGAAACAGCGGAUGGAGCUACGACGAGGUGCUGCCAUACUUUUUGAAGUCGGAGGACAACAGGAAUCCGUACUUGGCUCGAACACCAUACCACGGUACCGGCGGCUACCUGACGGUGCAGGAGUCGCCAUGGCGGACGCCGUUGGCUGUGGCAUUCGUCAAGGCAGGAAGCGAGCUGGGCUACGAGAACCGAGACAUAAACGGAGCCAAUCAGACGGGCUUCAUGCUGGCCCAGGGGACGAUACGAAGGGGGAGUCGAUGCUCGACGGCGAAGGCGUUCCUACGACCGGUACGAAAUCGGCGAAACCUGCACAUAGCCCUACGAGCGCAAGCUACGCGGAUAAUCUUCAACAAAAAUAAGCGAGCAAUCGGAGUCGAGUACGUGCGAGACGGGAGAAUGAACGCGGUGCGAGUCCGGCGAGAGAUAAUUAGUUCAUCAGGAGCAAUCGGUUCACCGCAGCUGCUGAUGCUGUCGGGAAUCGGGCCGAAGGAGCACUUGGAGAGUCUCGGAAUCCCGGUGCUGUCCGAUCUGAAGGUAGGCGACAACCUGCAGGACCAUGUGGGUCUGGGCGGCUUGACGUUUGUCGUCAACGAGCCAGUCACCCUACGGAAAGACCGGUUCCAAACGCUGCCAGUGGCCAUGGACUACAUAGUGAAUGAGAGAGGCCCGAUGUCGAGUCUGGGCGUAGAAGGUCUCGCUUUUGUGAACACGCGCUUCGCCGAUAAGUCAGGGGACUUCCCGGACGUACAGUUCCACUUUGCGCCGAGCUCGAUAAACUCGGACGGCGGUGAGCAUAUCCGACGAAUACUGGGGCUCAGAGACAGCGUCUUCAACACCGUAUACAAACCGCUGCUCAGCGCGGAGACCUGGACAAUCCUGCCGCUGCUCCUGCGGCCAAAAAGUUCCGGCUGGAUUCGACUCCGGAGCCGCGAUCCCGCGGUUUACCCGGACAUCAAUCCGAACUACUUUACUCACAAGGAAGAUAUGGACGUGCUGGUCGAGGCCAUCCGCAUUGCUCUUCAAGUGUCCAACACAACAACCUUCCAGAGGUUCGGGUCCCGUCCUCACAUGAUACCCUUUCCCGGCUGCCAGAGGUUUCCUUUCGACACUUACGAGUACUGGGAAUGCUCCAUCCGCCAUUUUACCUUCACAAUUUAUCAUCCCGUCGGAACAUGCAAGAUGGGACCAGCCGAUGAUCCCGACGCUGUUGUCGAUUCCAGGCUUAGGGUUUACGGCGUUCAGGGGCUCAGAGUCAUCGACGCUUCCAUCAUGCCUAAAAUUGUCAGUGGCAAUCCCAACGCCGGCGUGAUCAUGAUAGGCGAAAAGGCCAGUGACAUGAUCAAACAGGACUGGCAUGUGCACAAGAAAUCGCGAGGAGCGGGGAGGUAGCGAAGCUCGUAAUAAUUUGCGGACCUCGCGAGGCGCAUGUAAUAUUUAUCAGGUCUGAGGCUGUGCGAUUGCUCUAUUUGCAUCGACCGCGUCAUUUCGAUAAACAGACGAAUGGAGCUGGCGCAAAUUUCGACAGUGCACUGCGUUUUCAUCGAAGAAUCAGGAAUCAAAUAGACUUGGAGAAUCAAGUAGUUUCACUUUUCAUAAAAUUUCUUUCAAGACCAUGUGACAGUCCUGCCUUUACCGACAGAGUCACCUCGACCGGUUCCGUUUGUUCAAUGAACAAAUGAACAGAAUUGACUCUAAUUUCGACAGUGCACUACAUUUUCAUCGCGGAAUUUGGGAUUAAGCCGACUUGGGGAACAAGAAAGUUUCAAUUCUUAUCAAAUUCGUUUCAAGCUCAUGUGACAGUUCUACACUUACCAAAGGACUGACAUCAUUCUUAUUCUUCGUUUACUUUGAAAACGAACGAACGGAACAUGCUCAAGUUUCGAUAAUACAUUGCUUAAGUAUUGUGACAUUUAAAAAUCAUAUAAUUAUUGAAAAUUAUUACAUGGACGCUCCACUUCACAUGAGCGGAAAAAUGUCGCU